UUCGACUCGCUUCUUCUGUAAAUUGCUUUUCGAAUAUCACUUCAUGAAAUUGACUGUUCGCAGGGAGGAGUUACUUGUCAUAAAAGAAAUUUUAAAGCAGUUACUUUACAAAGCUUAUAUUGAAGAAGGCAUAACUUGAAUAAGUCGUUAAGAAGAAAGCGUAGACUAGUAGAAUACUAAAUACGUAUUUAACAGAAAUUUGAAACGAAUCUAACCUUCAAAACGGCGGCUACAGCGAUAUCCGUUUCGGAUUUGCAAUCUGCAUCCAACAAAAUGACGCCACCAAUCAAUACUAAUUCCAUGGGAACGGUAUUAACUCAGCAAGUCGGCCAGCAGUUGCUGGACUUCUCACAGAAAUUGGAUAUUCAACUCCUUGAUAAUGUCGUAGGAUGUAUGUACGACGGAUCUGGACAACCGCAACGAAUCGCAGAGGAAAUACUCAAAGCAUUAAAAGAACAUCCGGACGCAUGGACUAGAGUUGACACAAUAUUAGAAUUCUCACACAACCAGCAAACGAAGUACUACGCUCUACAAAUAUUGGAAAACGUGAUCAAGACAAGAUGGAAGGUUUUGCCUAGAAAUCAGUGCGAAGGCAUAAAGAAGUACAUUGUGGCCCUCAUUAUCAAGACGUCCUCCGAUCCAGGGCUGGCCGAUAAAGAGAAAACCUAUCUAGGAAAAUUGAACGUAAUUCUGGUUCAAAUUCUGAAGCAAGAUUGGCCAAAGAACUGGCCAACGUUCAUCAGCGAUAUUGUUGGGGCGAGCAGAACUAACGAAAGUCUUUGCCAGAAUAACAUGGUUAUCUUGAAAUUAUUAAGUGAGGAAGUAUUUGACUUCUCCCAGGGGCAAAUGACUCAAGCAAAAGCAAAGCAUCUUAAAGACAGCAUGUGUAAUGAAUUCGCACAGGUGUUUCAGCUAUGCCAGUUCGUCAUGGAUAAUUCUCAAAACGCUCCCCUUGUGAACGCCACUCUCAAUACUCUCCUACUUUUCCUAAACUGGAUUCCUCUCGGAUAUAUUUUUGAAACCGAACUCAUAACAACCCUCGUUUAUAAAUUCCUUGGAUUGCCGAUGUUUAGAAACAUUACUCUCAAAUGCUUAACGGAGAUCGCUGGAGUAAACGUACAAAAAUAUGAAGAAGAAUUCACAAAGUUAUUUUCACUGACAAUGACACAACUGAAACAGAUGCUCCCGACGACAAUAAACAUGAAGUCGGCUUACGCGAGUGGCUCAAACGACGAUCAGAACUUCAUCCAAAAUCUCGCUCUAUUCCUUUGUAUAUUCUUCAAAGAGCAUGUGGCAUUGGUGGAAAAGAAAUCGGAACUGCAUUCUCUACUGCUUGAUGGCCUGGAGUAUCUCGUUUUGAUCUCAGAAGUCGAAGAAACAGAAAUUUUCAAGAUCUGCUUAGAAUAUUGGAACCAGAUUUCAGCAGAUUUAUAUCGCGGAAGCCCAUUCUCCGCCGGAACAUCGAUUCCUAUUAUGGGAAGCGACUCAAACAUGGCGUUACGAAGACAAAUAUAUUUGCCGUUGUUAUCAAAGGUUCGAUUGGUUAUGAUUAGUCGAAUGGCAAAACCGGAAGAAGUAUUAGUUGUUGAGAACGAACAGGGCGAGGUCGUUCGCGAAUUCAUGAAAGACACGGAUUCCAUUAACUUAUAUAAAAACAUGAGAGAAACUCUGGUUUAUUUGACGCAUCUUGACUACAUGGAUACUGAACGAAUCAUGACGGAGAAACUACACAACCAAGUUAACGGAACGGAAUGGUCGUGGAAGAAUUUAAACACUUUGUGUUGGGCGAUCGGAAGCAUCAGUGGAGCGAUGCAUGAAGAAGAUGAAAAAAGAUUCCUGGUGACAGUGAUAAGAGAUUUGCUUGGACUUUGCGAACAAAAACGUGGAAAAGACAACAAAGCGAUCAUCGCGUCGAACAUCAUGUACGUAGUCGGACAAUACCCAAGGUUUUUACGAGCGCACUGGAGGUUUCUGAAGACUGUCGUUAAUAAAUUAUUUGAAUUCAUGCACGAAACUCACGAUGGAGUCCAAGAUAUGGCCUGCGACACUUUCAUAAAAAUCGCUCAGAAAUGUCGGCGACAUUUCGUACAAAUUCAGGCCGGGGAGGUCAUGCCUUUCAUCGAAGAAAUACUGAACAACAUCAGCACCAUUAUAUGUGAUCUUCAGCCGCAACAGGUUCACACAUUCUACGAGGCAGUCGGUUACAUGAUCAGCGCGCAGACUGACACCAAUGUACAGGAACAUCUCAUCGAGAAAUACAUGAUGCUGCCAAACCAGGUUUGGGACAGCAUCAUCCAGCAAGCUACGAAGAACGUUGAUGUCUUGAAAGAUCCAGCAACCGUGAAACAGCUCGGAAGUAUUCUAAAAACAAACGUACGAGCCUGCAAAAGUGUCGGACAUUAUUUCGUGCUUCAGCUGGGGAGGAUCUACCUGGACAUGUUGAACGUCUACAAAUGUCUUAGCGAGAAUAUUUCCGCGGCGAUAAUGCAGCAAGGUGAAGGGGUCAUGAAGCAAUCACUCAUCCGUAGCAUGCGAACUGUCAAAAAAGAAACGCUAAAACUCAUCUCCGGAUGGGUCAGCAGGUCUAAUGACCCCGAUAUGGUCAGUGAAAACUUUGUUCCUCCCUUGUUAGAAGCAGUUCUGAUGGAUUAUCGGUCGAACGUGCCCGCUGCUCGUGAACCGGAAGUUUUGAGCACAAUCGCAACCAUUGUACAUAAAUUAGAGGCUGCGCUGACGAGAGAAAUUCCGCAAAUAUUUGACGCAGUUUUUGAAUGCACCUUAGAAAUGAUUAACAAGGAUUUCGAAGAGUUUCCAGAAUACAGAACCAAUUUCUUCUUACUAUUACAGGCUGUAAACAACCACUGCUUUCCUGCUUUGCUUUCAAUUCCCCCCGCACAAUUUAAACUGGUUCUGGACUCGAUCAUCUGGGCGUUCAAACAUACGAUGAGAAAUGUUGCCGACACAGGCCUGAAUAUUCUUCAUCAGCUGUUACAGAACAUCUCACAAGAGAAACAAGCAUCGCAAAGUUUUUUCCAAACCUAUUUCACAGACAUUUUACAACAUGUGUUCAGCGUUGUAACGGACACUUCGCAUACUGCAGGUCUCACAAUGCAUGCAACAAUCUUAGCCUACAUGUUCAGUCUUGUGGAAAAUGGCAGAAUAACCGCUCCACUGCACCCGGACGCAACCGAUAAUGUUGUUUUCGUUCACGAUUACGUCGCAAAUUUACUGAAAACUGCAUUCCCGCAUUUACAAGAUGCUCAAAUCAAGAUAUUCGUGCAAGGUUUAUUCAGUCUCAAUCACGACAUCCCGCUGUUUAAAGAUCAUUUGAGGGAUUUCCUUGUUCAAAUAAAGGAAUUCUCCGGCCAAGACACUUCUGAUCUUUUCCUUGAAGAGCGCGAGCAAGCGUUGACGAACGCACAAGAAGAAAAACGAAAACUUCAACUUUCUGUACCGGGUAUGGUCAACCCUCACGAUUUACCCGAGGAAAUGCAAGACUAAGCUACCAUUUGUGGUUACUUUUAUAUCAGCAAAUUGAAAAUAAAAUUUCCUAAAUCAGAAACUGUUCUGAUUGGUUGAAUACCUGAAUUCAAAUUUGAUCUGCAUUGUUAGUCACAAAGAUAAUAUGACAUCACAAUUGAAUGAAAGCUGUUUUAUGCAAAAGUGCAUUGAUAGACUUCCUGGUUGAUUUCCUGACAUUGGACAUGAACUUUAACCCCAUGGGUUCUGUUUUUAUUUUGUCGUUUUGUAUCAUAGAUUCUCAUUGUGAACGAUGUUAGUUUUUUCUUUCCCAAAAUUUGUCAGAAUUACCUUAAAGUUUUGCUUUCAAAUUUACAAGAGCGUCUUUAAAACUGGCUGUAGCAUUUUUUCAAGCGCUGGCAACAGCGUCACCGAUUACACAUGGGUGGGAUACGCAGGGUAAAUUUAGUAGGCAAUGUCGUACCAAAAAGUCUGUACUUCCAAAAUUAGCAACUUUUUGAAGUUGCAGCUCCCACAGAACCUUGUUAUGAGUGAUGCCAACCAUUUCCUCGGACUUUUUUGGGGGGGUUGUUUGUCUCGUAAAAAAAAGAUCUUUCGUUUUUCGUAGAUACCUUUCAUGCAUUCACUAUCAUAUUGGGCUAUUGUCAUAAAUAGCUUAGUGGCUGGUGGUAAUUCCCCCUCCCCCUACCCCACGCUUUCCUGGUUAUUUCCAGUUCAAAUUAAGGUUCUCACACGGCCAAUCGCGGCCCAAAUAAAAUUUCUUUCAGGUAUUUCUCGUUUCUUUUAUAUUUUUUUUUCAUCCAUUGUUCUCUAUUGUGAUGCAAUAAAAAAGUUUAAUAUGA